AUGGCUGAGGCCUCCAUCCCAGAGUUGGGGGUAGAUACGGAAGGCGCACCUUGUCCCAGCGUCCUGCAGCUGGAAGAACUCCUGAGGGCGGGAAGGGUCUCUUGCAGCCAUGUAGAUGAAGUUUGGCCCAACCUCUUCAUAGGAGAUGCGACCACAGCAAACAACCGCUUCGAGCUGUGGAAGCUGGGCAUCACGCAUGUGCUGAAUGCCGCCCACGGGGGACUCUACUGUCAGGGUGGUCCUGACUUCUACGGCAGCAGUGUGAGCUAUCUGGGGGUGCCAGCCCACGACCUCCCUGACUUCACCAUCAGCACUUACUUCUCUUCUGCAGCUGACUUCAUUCAUCGUGCCCUCAACACACCUGGGGCCAAGGUCCUGGUGCACUGUGUGGUGGGCGUGAGCCGCUCGGCCACACUGGUCCUGGCCUACCUCAUGCUGCACCACCGGCUGUCCCUGCGCCAGGCCGUGAUCACCGUGAGGGAGCGUCGCUGGAUCUUCCCCAACCGAGGCUUCCUCCAUCAGCUCCGCCAGCUGGACCAGCAACUGAGGGGCACGAGCCAGAUCUGA